ACGAUAUACUUGUAAUAAGUGUGAACAGCUCCCUGCCUCAAAAGAUCAUUAUGCUACUAGAGGAGAACAGGGUCCUGAAUGAACGUCUCUCUCUGGCCAAGGAGACUUCAACACUGAACGCUGAUUCUGAUGAAGUCACAAUCCCAAAUGAUCUCAAGGAUCAUCCAGGGAGUUCUACCAGACUGGGAUCCUCUGCUGUGGCUACUAUGAACACUACCAUGGACCACUUUCCUGAAUUGACAGGUCAAUCACAGAUGAAAACAGGAGCCCCCCUGUCUUCGCCGGGGCCAUCCGAUGAGGCCCUCCUCCUGUCUUCGCCGGGGCCAUCCGAUGAGGCCCUCCUCCUGUCUUCUCCGGGGCCAUCCGAUGAGGCCCUCCUCCUGUCUUCGCCGGGGCCAUCCGAUGAGGCCCUCCUCCUGUCUUCGCCGGGGCCAUCCGAUGAGGCCCUCCCCCUGUCUUCGCCGGGGCCAUCCGAUGAGGCCCUCCCCCUGUCUUCGCCGGGGCCAUCCGAUGAGGCCCUCCCCCUGUCUUCGCCGGGGCCAUCCGAUGAGGCCCUCCCCCUGUCUUCGCCGGGGCCAUCCGAUGAGGCCCUCCCCCUGUCUUCGCCGGGGCCAUCCGAUGAGGCCCUCCCCCUGUCUUCGCCGGGGCCAUCCGAUGAGGCCCUCCCCCUGUCUUCGCCGGGGCCAUCCGAUGAGGCCCUCCCCUUGUCUUCUCCGGGGCCAUCCGAUGAGGCCCUCCUCCUGUCUUCUCCGGGGCCAUCCGAUGAGGCCCUCCUCCUGUCUUCUCCGGGGCCAUCCGAUGAGGCCCUCCCCCUGUCUUCUCCGGGGCCAUCCGAUGAGGCCCUCCCCCUGUCUUCUCCGGGGCCAUCCGAUGAGGCCCUCCCCCUGUCUUCUCCGGGGCCAUCCGAUGAGGCCCUCCCCAUGUCUUCUCCGGGGCCAUCCGAUGAGGCCCUCCCCCUGUCUUCUCCGGGGCCAUCCGAUGAGGCCCUCCCCAUGUCUUCGCCGGGGCCAUCCGAUGAGGCCCUCCUCCGCCGCUCUUGUGACAAGACAUUUACCAGUCGGUCUAAAAAACAUGAGAAAAACCCCUCAAGAGAUGGAUCUCACCCCUGUGACCAGUGUGAGAAGAGUUUUGUAACACAAAAACUUCUGGAAAAACACCAGAUGAGUCACUCCAACUCUCAUGUGUGCUCUGAUUGUGGAAAGAGAUUCCGUCGGGCUGAUCACCUAAAGAGACAUCAGAGAGGCCACACUGAGAACAAACUGUACAUUUGCCCUCAUUGUGGGAAAAGCUUUGGUUACUCUGGAAAGUUAACCCAACAUGUGAGACUUCACACUGGGGAGAAACCCUACCAGUGCUCCGAUUGUGGCAAAAUGUUUGCUGCUAUUAAAACAAUGAAAAGACACCAAGAGGUUCAUUCAACACAUAGGGUGAAGCCUCAUGUUUGCACUACCUGUGGAAAGGGCUUUGCUCGACAUGAAUACUUAAAAAAACAUUGCACCAUUCACACUGGAGUGAAACCGCAUCAGUGCUCUGACUGUGGAAAGAGCUUCUGUCUGCUUGAUCAUUUAACUCGGCACCAGAAAAAAGCACAUGGAGAGAGGCUAUUCCCUUGCUUUGUUUGCAAACAGUGUUUUGUUUCAGAGCACACCCUGAAAGUUCAUCAGAAAAAGCAUACAAGGCCUUACCACUGCUCCCUAUGUGACAAGAGAUAUGCCGAUAAGGGGAAUUUAGCAGUCCAUCUGCGUGUACACACUGGAGAGAAGCCACACCUUUGCUCCCAGUGUGGGAAAUGUUUCUCUGGUAAACAACAACUUCAAUUACACCUCUUGGUACAUUCAGGUGAGAAGUCUUAUAAAUGUUCUCACUGUGAAAGGAGUUUCGCUAAUACGCCUAUCCUGAAAAGACACAUACGAACCCACACCGGAGAGAAACCGUACCGCUGCUCUGAAUGUGGGAGGAGUUUCGCUGAUGGGGAUACACUCACAAAACAUCUGCGAACCCACACUGGAGCGAAGCCGUACCUUUGCUCUCUGUGCGGGAAACGUUUCUCUGUUAAACAACGUCUUAAAGAGCAUCUAAUGGUACAUUCAGGUGAGAAGCCUCAUCCCUGUUCUCACUGUGCGAGGAGUUUCACUAGUACAUCUAAUCUGAUAAGACACUUGCGAACCCACACUGGAGAGAAACCGUUCAAAUGCCUUGACUGUGGGAAGGGGUUUGCUCGCUCGGCAACCCUCAAAAAUCACCAGCGUAUCCACGGUAGGGUCACCAAGGACCAAGCUCCCAAGGACCAAUAGCUGCACAGAGAACUCUACAUAGUAGCUUCACCACAACUGUCUGUCGUGUGUCUGUACCAGAAGUCAGAAUAUCAGAAAAAGUAUUCUCUGUAGGCUCUAUUUCUCUUACAUUAUUUUAAGGGGUUUUAAGUGGGGAUGCGCGAUAUAUCGGUGAACAUAUUGGAAUCGUCCGAUAUUAGCUAAAAAUGCCAACAUCGGUAUCGGCCCGAUGUCUAGUUUAACACCUAUGUCAAAAACCGAUGUCAAAGCUACCGUAUAUACCUAACGUAACGUAGGUACAUGACGUAAUGACGCCACAUAAAAUUUUGCGCUACACCUACAACACAGAAUUCUUAACCUCGCCCACAAUGUCUGCCGUGUGGAUCGAGCAGUCAAGCAGUCAUUUGAAAGAGUAAGAACAUUUCAGCGAGACAACUCAAAGGCGAAAUCCAUUAAAGC